UUCUCCUUACAUUAGAGCGUAUAUUUUCCAAGUCUAUUCUUUGAUUUGUUUUCUCUCCUCUCGUAGCCUCUCGAGCUCGAUGGAAGCCACAAAGGCCGACGUACCUGCAAGCAGCGGAAACCUAGUCACCGUGCUUAGCAUUGAUGGCGGUGGCAUUAGGGGAAUUAUUCCCGGAAUUAUCCUGGCUUUUCUUGAAUCAGAGCUCCAGAAGCUGGAUGGUGAGGAUGCAAGAUUGGUGGAUUAUUUUGAUGUAAUCGCAGGAACCAGUACUGGGGGCUUAUUGACUGCAAUGGUGACUGCCCCCAACGAAAAGAAUCGACCCUUGUACGCCGCCAAGGAAAUCAAGGACUUCUAUCUUGAGCACGGCCCAAAAAUCUUCCCGCAGCAUACUCACUUUCUCUCCGACGUGGUGAAGCUCGGCAAAACGCUGUCAGGACCAAAGUAUGACGGCAAGUAUUUGCACGGCCUUCUUAGAGACAAACUGAAAGACACAAAAUUGCACCAGACACUGACAAAUGUGGUCAUCCCCACAUUUGACAUCAAGCUCGUUCAACCCACCAUUUUUUCCAACUUCAAGCUGAAGAGAAGGCCGGAAUUAGAUGCCUUGAUGUCAGACAUAUGCAUCGGGACAUCCGCGGCACCCACGUAUCUUCCAGCUCACUAUUUUGAGACCAAGGACGAUGAAGGAAAAGUGGUCAGGGAAUUUAACCUUAUUGACGGGGGCGUUGCUGCAAAUAACCCGACUCUGGUAGCGAUGGCAGAAGUGACAAACAGAAUAAGAGCAGAGGAGAGGACAGAGUUCGGCGUAUCAGCGAUGCAAUACGACAGGUUUCUGGUGAUAUCGUUAGGAACUGGGGAUCACAAGCAGGAGUAUCGAUACUCUGCUGAGGAGGCUGCUGAAUGGGGUAUCCUGAGCUGGCUAUCCAGCAACGGUUCUAACCCCUUGAUUGACUGUUUUGGCCAAGCUAGUGCUGACAUGGUUGACUUCCACCUUGCCUCUGUUUUCCGAGCUCUCUACUCCGAGAAAAACUAUCUCCGCAUCCAGGAUGAUACUUUAACUGGCGACUUGUCUUCUGUAGAUGUGACCACCGACGAGAAUUUGAAGGGUCUCGUCAAAGUUGGUGAAGAUUUAUUGAACAAACCAGUUUCUAGGGUUAACUUGCAAACCGGAGUUUUCGAAGUUGCUAACCACGAGACUAAUGCCGAGGCCCUCAAAAGGUUUGCGAAACAACUAUCUGAGGAGAGGUGGCUUCGUAAAUCAAGAGCAGAAGGGCAAGCUUAGAUCCAAGAAACAAUCAGCAAACGUGAUUCAUCUGUGUGUUGUCGUGUGAUAUGAUGUUUGUGUUGUUAAACAAAUGUACCUGUAGCAGCACCAAGUUCGUCGAACAAGCUGCAGUCCAAUGAUGCUGUAGGCGUAAAACAUGUUUCCAGGUUAAAAUAAAUUCAGCUGAUCACGAGAUCGCUGUGUAUAAUUAGUAGAUUCGUGUUGUGCCCGUUGACAUUGUUAAUUACAAAUUCUAUGAUGCGAA